ACUGAUGUUGAGCAGUGAACAUUGAACUACUAUUAUUAUACGUUAUGAAAGAAAAGUAAAAGUGUUCUUGAUGUUCAAUAACUUUACUUUAUAUAUUCAUUAAAAUAUUUGUGUUGUAUCAAGAUAAACCUACUGUGGUUUUUAUAGUAUUCUUAAUUGUAAUCAUUUGUAGUUGAUCCACUUUAAAUUAAUGAUUGCUUGUUAAAAAAUAACACCAAAGGGACACAGCCAUUGUGUUGCAUUGUAUAACUUAGCUACAAAAUGUGUGGAGGGUUUACUUGUUCCAAGAACGCUUUGAUCGCCCUUAAUAUUCUCUAUGUGGUGGUUGCUUCUAUACUCAUAUCAGUGGCAGUGUAUGGGCAGGCAUCAUCUCUGGUUACCAAUUUACCCAUAGUGGGUGGUAUUUUAGCAUGUGGAGUGUUCCUCAUCUUAAUAUCUCUUUUGGGAUUGGCUGGAGCAGUGAAACAUCAUCAAGUUAUGCUUUUCUUUUAUAUGGUCAUUCUUUUCCUGCUGUUUCUGGUGCAGUUCUCAGUAGCUUGUGCCUGCCUCGCUGUCAAUUCUGAUCAACAGGAAAUGUUAGCGCAACAGGGAUGGAACAAAGUGAAUUUAGAUGUUAAAGAACAAGUCCAGGAAAGGUUCCAGUGUUGCAGCUUCCAAAACAGGAUAAUGCCACCGAACACCACAGUAGACUACCCAUCUUGCAGCUUAGUGGAUAGGAUUUGCUGCAAGGACAAGGAAAUAUCUCUUGAUUGUCAGUGUCAGCCAUGUAUGGAAAAAUUAAAGGAGACAAUAGACUAUGCUUUCAAACUUUGCGGUGGCAUUGGACUCUUCUUCAGUUUUACAGAGUUUCUGGGUGUGUGGUUGACAGUAAGGUAUCGUAACCAAAAGGACCCGCGUGCUAACCCCAGUGCAUUUCUCUGAAUGCUCUAAGGAUUAAAUGACUAAAGCUUUUCGCAGUUUGGCUCGCCCGACGGUACCGCAAUCAACCUGAUCCAAAUUACAAAGAACCUCACGCUAUAUUUCCGAGAAAUAACUAUUUAUAUUGAAUCAUUUCUCGAUCUUAGUUACAUUUUAGUUUUUUAUGUUAGUUUCUAUUAGUAAAUAGUCAAAUUUAAAAUAAUAGCAUGAUCUUAAUUUUAAUACAAAUUGGUAGGGUGAUUACAUUUUGAUGUAAAUAUCCUAUAAAGAAUCUAAAGUAAGUAUUUAAAUCUACAAAAGACAUUAAUCUAUAUUUCAAAACAUAAGAUACGACCUUGUCUAUUAUUUCACGUGCUCAGUUACCUCGUAACUUGUGAAGGCCAAAUAUUUCGCUAGAAAGUAGGUACAAGAUUUUUUCGCACACUCAGUGCUAAUUUUUAAUAUGUACGGGGCUUCAUUUUUAUAGUUGACUAGUCUGUACCUUUUUUUCUAUAAAUUAGCCAUUUAUAUUGCGUAAAUCAAUUUAAAAACCUUUCUCGAUAUUUUAAAAUGUUUUACUUAGAAGAAUCAAGAUUAAAUGUCAGUUUCUGAAAUGAUGCUCAAUGUCAAACGACCAAUUAUCGUCUAGUAUGUACUCAAAUUACGAUUAAAUACUGAACCGUCAUUGGUCGUUUAUUGCCUCAUCAGCUGCCACCGACCAAUGAUCAUUAAGAUAAAAUUAUUUAAUGUGACUCUGAAUACAAUUUCAGUUACUGGCAUUUUGACAUGACAAAGUAUAAAAGAUAAAUAUGGACUUCAGCGUAAUAAAAAUACUUUGUCCAUUAAUUGUUUACUCUCGCUUUAAACUCUUAUGCAAUUAUAAUUUUUUCCGAUAUAAACUUUAAGCCAGUUGUAUUUGCAACUCUAUAUGUAUAUGAAUAAGGUGUGUUCUUAUGUAAGUAAGGUAAUAUGUACUGGAAGUGAGAAAUUAAUGACCUUGGAUUAAUUAUUCUUCGCGAAUUAAGUUUUUAAUACUGUUUUCAUUAACUAGUCAAUAAUAUAAUGAUUGAAUGUUUAUAUACUCAGUUUUACACUAGGAUCUUAUAAAGAGGAGGGUUGCCAAUUAUGAAGAAAAAUAACGUGAAUUUUGUUGUGAAUAAGUUUGUUUUUGGCUCUGAAAGCGCAGGCGUUCCAUUUUAAUUUUUAUAAUAGGCUUAAAAAAUAAAACGAAAUUAUCUUCUAACUUUUCAUACAGUUAAGAUUCGAAAUUGAAUAUAUUUUUAUACUCAUUUUGAAAAAAGCACUAGUAAGAUUACAGAGUGUAGUUGGCAACCCAAAAAUACAGUGAUACUUUUUUUUAUUUUAUAAUGUUAUUUUUGAUUAGUUAAAAAGUGUCGUUUAUACAUUUUACACUUUUAUUAUUUGUAGCCAUGCUGGUUUAUUAGGAUUAUGUUUUUUCAACAUAUCAUAAAAUGUAAUUUAGAAGCUAAAUUUAGUAUAAUUUAUACCAAGUCAUUUUUUUAUCUAUGAGCUUUUUUUCAUAACAGACUAUUUUUAUUUCAAUCCAAAAUCGAGAAUGUUACAGCCAUUAUUAAAAAUAUUAUAUAUAAUGUAUUUUGUGUUUUUAUAAAUGCAUGUCGCUUCUAUUGCGUGUAAGUCUAUUUUGUCGUAUAUUUUGCGGUUUUGCUAGAAUCUUAAAUAUUGUAUACUUUAUGUAUGAAAAUGUUAUUCUCUUACAUUAACAUGUAAAGUUACUUCGAAUAAAGAGUGUUAAGCAUUACGUGA